AUGCAGUUUCCCUUCUGCUGCACCAGACUUAGAUGCCUGGUGGUAGUGAGGGGUGAGGUUUGGACCAGGGUGCUGGGGCAGCCCUGGGAGACCCUCCCUGCCGCUCCUUGGAGCCACAUGUACAAGAUGAAGAAACCACCUCCAGGGGACAGCACCUUCUUGCCCAAAUCUCCCAACGAAGGUCCGAUCUACGAACUAGCAUCGGACACUGAGGACAGGGAGAAGGUGCUCCGAGCCAACAAGAAGAGUACCACGGAGUCGCCGGAUUGCAACGAGGUGGCGCCACGAGCGGUGCCCACGCCCGACAUCGUUAUCGCGCUGUCGACCAACAACGACGUGAAAGAACACAAAAAGAACGAGAAUACAAGGCACAAAAGAGUAAGGAAGCAGCCGCCCACCGGUCCAUUUUAUGAAGAAGAAAUGUCUGAGCACCACAACGAAGUAGAUAACGAAGAAUCUAUGCCGACUGAGAAGCCAGCUGACCCUAUUUCGGAAGAGAAAUUCUACGUAAACGCUUAUGGAGUCACACAAAAACCAUACAAGUCUCAGCACCACCAAGUGGCCUGGACGGAGAUCCCGAAUGGCCAGUGGAACGAACACGAGCCUAUUCCAGAUGUCGACACCACAGUCAGGGACGGUAGCCACCAGCCCGAGUUCCCUCCUCUAGAAGAAAAACAACCAGUCUUCAAGGAAGAGAAACCUACCAACCUCCAAGCGUUGGUAGACGCCAUCGGCACCAGGAUGAGAGACAUCGAAAACGUGGUGCAAAGGAUGAGCGAGAAGGUACAUCAGGCGAAGACUCCCACUCCUGAGUUUAGCAGUGCUGAGAAAAGGUCACUGUCAGAUGUGGAAGGAACCCCUCCACCGAGGAAACACCAUAAAGGGGAGAAGGAACACGGCAAGGACCGGACUAAGAGACCCAACCCUGAUGGAGACCAUUACAAAAGGUUCUCAGUAAGGAAUAGAGGCAGCAAGUACCUCCACGCAGCGACAGACAGCACGACGGAACAGCCUCUCUUCGUGGAAGACAACAACAUGAACGGCUACUUCAGCGACGCUAGCAACAGCGUGCUGAGGAGAGCUAACCCUCCCAAGGAGCCCCAAGCCACCUACAUGGCCCCUGUCGAUAACCGUCGCAAGUCCACCCACAUCCUAUCAGACGUCUCAGAAGAACUGGAGAAGAAGAAGAAAAAACACUCGCAUAAGAAGAAGAAAGGCAAAGGCAGAAGCCAUAAGAAACACCAUAAAGAAGACAAGAAGAAGCGAGUGAAUAAAGUUAACUCCGUGGAGCUGGAUAGGAAUGUGGUCUCGCUGGAAGACAGUAGUGCUAUGGCUAGAAAAUGAUUCCCAAUAGUACUUACAGACAAACCUAUCGAAACAACACACAAAGGCUCAGAACAGACGGUGAAACGCAAAUGCAACGAAACUGCAACUUUCUGAUCGUUCUGAUGCAACUUUCUGUUGAUUCUGAUGAAUGAAACUGAAACUGAAAGUUUCAAACUGGUCGCGUCAUGUGUGGUCUCUCAACGGACGCUAUGGCAGAAACUUAGAUGCAAUUAACUCAAAAACAGUUGCAGUUUCGUUGCAGUUGCGUUUCACCGUCUGUUCUGGGCCUAAGUUCUCUUCAAAUAAUGAUCAUUUCGGCCACAGGACGUCCACUGCUGAACAUAGGCCUCCCCCAAUGAUUUCCAUAUUGGCCGGUUGGUAGCGGCCUGCGUCCAGCGCCUUCCUGCUAUCUUUAUGAGGUCGUCGGUCCACCUUAGGAUUACACUGCGUUUUCCGGUACGUGGCCUCCAUUCCAGAACCUCGCUGCCCUCUUCAAAUAGUAAUAUUACUAAACUAGACAAGCUAUUUGGAAUAAGUCUGGUUAUAAGUACUUAAUGCCCAUUUUCACCAUCAAUCCCUAAUUUUUAAGUGACCCCUAUGGUAACACAUAACAGGAAUUUUGUUUUCAAAGGGGUCACUUAAAAUUAGGGAUUGAGGGUGAAAACGGGCAUUAGUCUUUUAUUUUUGAUUUAUUUCAAACUAGCUUUUGAAGAGCUUCACGCGUGAAAUUCAGUUUGUUACAGAUGUUUAAAUUAUAAUAUUGUAGUUUCAUCAAAAUCCGUUCAGUAGUUUUUGCGUGAAAGAGUAACAAACUUUCGCGUUUAUAAUAUUAGUAAGAUUUUGU